GCGCCCCCACUCCCCCCACCCCGGAACGCUCGGCGCAGGCGGCGCGGCUCGCAGAGAGGUGGACCGCGGCCGGAACGGGGUCCCGGGUGUGCGUGGGGAGCGGGUUUCGGGGCGUCGGCCGCGAUGAACACGGUGCUGUCGCGGGCGAACUCGCUGUUCGCCUUCUCGCUGAGCGUGAUGGCGGCGCUCACCUUCGGCUGUUUCAUCACCACCGCCUUCAAAGACCGGAGCGUCCCGGUGCGGCUGCACGUCUCGAGGAUCAUGCUAAAAAAUGUAGAAGACUUCACUGGACCUAGAGAAAGAAGUGAUCUGGGAUUCAUUACAUUUGAUAUAACUGCUGAUCUAGAAAAUAUAUUUGAUUGGAAUGUUAAGCAGUUGUUUCUUUAUUUAUCAGCCGAAUAUUCAACAAAAAAUAAUGCUCUGAACCAGGUUGUUCUGUGGGACAAGAUUGUUCUGAGAGGUGAUAAUCCAAAGCUGCUGUUGAAAGAUAUGAAAACAAAGUAUUUUUUCUUUGACGAUGGAAAUGGUCUCAAGGGAAACAGGAAUGUCACUUUAACCCUAUCUUGGAACGUUGUACCAAAUGCUGGAAUUCUACCUCUUGUGACAGGAUCAGGACAUGUAUCUGUCCCAUUUCCAGAUACAUAUGAAAUAACGAAGAGUUAUUAAAUUAUUCUGAAUUUGAAACAGCAUAUUUUUGUACCUAAUGAAUUGUAUCUUGUUUAUCUCUUCCCUUGCAUCUUUAUUUGUUUUGGGUUGUUAACUUUUUUUUUUUUUGGUGUAAGAAUGCACAUCAAAAGGCAUAUUUGAAGGGAAAGGUUAAUGUACUACUUAAUUUUCCAAACAAAAACAAACAAAGGCCAUCAGAGUGGAGUAUUAUAAGAAUAAGACAGCCACAUGAGAAGGAUUUGUGAAAUAUUUAUAUUUGAAGUAUUCCCUGUAUUUCCAUUAUUCUUUAUGGAAUAUGAAGUGAGCAUGAAGGGUAGUUAAAACUUUCAGGUGCCUAUGGAGUUAUAAGAACUCUAUUUAUGCCUUGCAUUUAUGCAAGUUCACAUUGGAUGUGAUUUAGAAGCAGACAUUCUCUAUUACCUCUUUUAGGGUAUGUCUGAAUACUGGAAAAAUUAAUACAAUUGUUGGUGAGAAGCCUGGUUUACAAAAUAGCGAAAAGUGAUGAAUUUUAUUCCGUUUGUCUUAGGAAUGCCCACAAUGCUUGUUUUUCUGACAGGUGACUAGCAACUUUCUCCACUAAAGACUAAAUACCUCUUUAUAUGCUGUAAAUCAUUCUAAAUCAUUUUAAAGUCUCUUAAGUCAACCAAAUGUGUGUCUUUCAGUGCUUUCUCUAAAAAAGUUCCUUGGUAUUAUAUCUUUGUGUGAUUCUUUUUUUUUUUUUUUUAACAUUGCCAUUGAACGUUGAAAAUGUUUGCAUGGUUUAUCUAGUGAGCAUGCCUAGUGCCACGGAGUGGUAAUUAUUUAAUUAUUUUUCUAGGUCCACAUUUGAAUAAUUUUUGGGGUAAUAAUAAUCGAUAUGUGUUGGUGUGCAUUUCCACUCACAGGCACUCAUAUAUUUUACUGUAUGUGAUCCUCAGUAAUCUAACGAGGUAAGUAGUGCAAAUGUUAGCUCUUUGCAGAUAAAGAAACAGACCCAGAAGUUUGUGGAAUUGCUUCAAGGUUAUUACAUAGCUAGCAAGGAAGGGUGUUAACCUUUGAACUCAGAUCCAAUUCUUGAAGCAUAUCCUUUUUUUAUACCUCCGAUUACAGACUAGUCAAAAUUCACUUAUAUAAUUUUUAUUGUAUUUUUUGUUACCCUGGACGCCCUUUCUGUUACCUAGAAGAGAUUUCCUAUCCUGUGUGGAAAUGACUAAUUUUCAAGUUGCCAACAAUUUACAUAGCGGUACUAUCUCACUCAUUCUCUGCAGAAGUUAAUUAUACUCAUGUUAAAAGUAUCAGAAUCCAAAUGUAUGGAGAAUUAUUCAGAGAUUGAUUAUAUGAUCAUAUUUAACGUGAGUUUUUUCUACAGUGGGCGAAUAAGCGUCCUCAAAGGAAGCAAGUACAAAUCAGUCCCUUAAGAGCAAGACCGAGCACUGUAGGUGCCUUAUCGGCAGUGACCCAGAAGGGCUAAUAUUUUCUAAGAAUAGCUUACAGUAGUGGCUUAACAUUUGUUAUACUUAUUUCACAUGAAAUACAUCUCCGUUUAAUUGCGUUGGUUGGAACAGCUCUCACCUGUAAGGGUGUGUGUUCUGUGAAGGUCAGUUGAAGGUCAGAAGUACAGUAUCAUGAAUGCUAGACUGGGUUUGGCUCCAGCUUUUUCAUUAAACUUUUCAGGGUCUCCGUUUCUUUAUCUGUAAAAUGACAGGGUUGGACUAGUUAGCUUAAAUAGUAGUUCUUUUAUACCACACACGUCUGUAAAAUUUGUUGGAUCCGUUUGGCAGAGAGAUUGAACAGAAAAGCACCUCAGUAAUGUGACGGCAGCCAGAUGAUUGAAAGACAAGUCAACACAUAAUUCAUAUUGAUCUGACUUAUUUCUGUUAGAUUUUACACCCAGAAGAUUUAACUUCUUACAUAGUUUGUACAAACUUAAAAUCUUUCGGCAUCAAAGCUUAAGUUGGGUGUGUUCUCCUUGAGGCGGGUACAUGUAAGAAGCCUGCAGCCUUAGCCAGACCCGGGGCUGGUUUAGGUGUUCAUGGGCCUCUGCAUGCGUGGAUCUGUGUUUGCUGGAGAUGAAUGUGGAAAUUUACUCCAGUUCCUGUUCAGUCCAAGCCCACCCACUUUUUGGAGUUCAGUGAGAAAGGGGAGUAGAAAGGCCCCCUAGCACAAUGGAUGCGUUUGCUUUUACUCACUAGCUAAGGGAAGCUGCUCAGGACAAGAAUGCGCCAACAUGGGAAUAAGAAACCUCCCUCUCAGGAACUCACUUUUGGGUAUGCACAGCUUUGUAAGUUCACUGUAAUUCUGCACGAAGAAGAUGGACCUGUGUUCAGUUGAUAACCAUAUCAUCAACCUCAGCGUCAGUGUUUUCAAGAAGUCUUAGAAAGUCUCCAUAAAGACCCAAGGCUUCACACUUUUUUUGUUUUUGUUUUUGCGGUACGUGGGCCUCUCACUGCUGUGGCCUCCCCCGUUGUGGAGCACAGGCUCCAGACGCGCAGGCUCAGUGGCCAUGGCUCAGGGGCCCAGCCGCUCCGCGGCACGUGGGAUCUUCCCGGACCGGGGCACGAACCCGCGUCCCCUGCAUCGGCAGGUGGACUCUCAACCACUGCGCCACCAGGGAAGCCCCCGGCUUUACACUUUUAAUUAGAAACAUCGGAGCCCAGGGAUGAUCCUAGGAAGAGAAUAAUUGCAAGACACUCAUCUAAAGUAAUUAUGUUUAGAAAUGAGUUAAUUUUAAGAUGUUGUGCUUACGUGCUCCUUUUCUCUAGCAGUUUAACCUAGACAAGCAGCUAUAUCAGUGAUUCUAUUCCCCCAGUUGAUUACAUUUGGUUCCUUUAUGCUUAAAGGAAGAUAACAGAAAACUUCAGAAAUUCCUUAUGGUGUAAUAGGAAAAGGGGGUUAUUUUGAGCUUCUGUUUUUGGAAUUAUUUUACAGCUCUUUGGUGGGUCUGGCAACUAAGAGAUAGGCUUGAAGGCCGCGAGGAACGUUUGUUCACUGUUCUAUCUAAAGCUUAAUGAGCUAAAGCUUUGGGUCUUUGGGGGUAUAGGUUAACGGAGGUGUUAUUUCAUAAUGCUUUGACUUGACCUGAAAUGAGUUUAUGGGGGGGAAAAAACCAUAAGCUGUGAAUUUUGGUAGUAAACAUCUGUCCAUUUCAGAUGCUUCCCUUGCUUUUAGCAGGCAGCCUGUGUACCUUUUGUGUGACUGCCAGUGGUUUAAAGAGAUCUGUUUCAAAAAGUGGUUGCAUGUUUUGAUGCAAUUUGGGAAACUUUACAGAUUCAUAAGAAAAAAAUCCAUGAAAAUACUGAAGAUAUGUUUGAGGAUUUUCUUAAUUGCAAUAAAUAUUCAGCAUUUUUCUAAUGAAAGUGAAUUUUGUUUAUGAGUAAAAGUAUGCAUUUUAAAAGACUUUCCGAUCGAUGCUUUCUUUUAUGUGAAGCUGCUGCACUAAGAGAAAAUGGCUGAAACCAAGUCUAGUAACCUUGAGGUGGUUUUCUUUUCUCCCCCCUCCCACCCCCUCUUUUUUUUUUUGGUGGGGUGGGUCAGGGGAGGUCAAUCACACCUAAAAGAUCUUCUCCAGAGACUGCGCUCCUAUACUAGACUGUAAGCUCUCCGAGGGCAGUCUUGUGGGUUUAUCUUUGUAUCUUGCCCAGCGCCUAGCAGAGUGCUUUGCACAUAAUAGGCGCCCAAUAAAUGCUGAUGGUGAACGAA